AUGUCGCUACCCCGCGGCGUCGGUCUAGGAGUCGAUGUGGGCCAACUGAUGCAACAUCAGCAACAGCAGCAGCAACAUCAUGUGCUACCGGCCGCAUUUUUCCUGCGCGCCAGUGCCGAGAGAUAUCAGCGGACCCCCAAGUGUGCGCGAUGUCGUAAUCACGGAGUCGUGUCCGCGCUCAAAGGGCAUAAGCGCUAUUGCCGAUGGCGGGAUUGCGUGUGUGCCAAGUGCACCCUUAUAGCCGAGAGGCAACGUGUGAUGGCUGCUCAGGUCGCGCUGAGGCGGCAACAGGCCCAGGAAGAAAGCGAAGCGCGCGAAUUGGGCCUCCAAUUGCAAUACAAUGCCGGCAGCUGCAAUACUGCCCCCGUUCUACCGGCGGCGGCCGCUGGUGCGACGCCAGCUGGUAGCCCGCCCCCGCACCCGGCGCACGUAGCGAGUCCGGCGGGUCUCGCGAUACCCGCGGCAGCCGCGGCGGCCGCCGCCGCCGCUGCCGCACAUAUCCAGACGCAGCUUCAGCACCAACAGCAGCCUGCGGAAUGUGGUCUCCUACCGAGAAAAAGAUCCACCCAGGACGAAUACCGGCAAUCCAAGGUCGAAAAGAAUGAUGCUAUUCCGCGUUCUAUUUCAGGCUUGAAGCGACCUAGGAUCUCCGAAAAUACGACGAUUUUGUCGACCAGCGAUACAGGCAAUGAGGAUGAUCGUGAUUCUGAUUCGGGUGGCGAAUUACGAACCGAUCGUUCAUUAGUGGUGUCGACGUCGUCAGGAAUACCGGAAUCCGAAGCGACGGCGAGAAAGCGCACUAAUAGCCUGAACGAUUCCGAGGAGGGCAGUCCGGAACCGGGGUCGCAGAGUCCGACGCAUACUCCACCGCUGACACCCGCCUUAACACCGCAAAGGGAGGACACCCCUGCGCCAGAAAAUCUCAGCCUACGGAAAAGUGGCAGUCCACCGCUAACGCAACAGACUUUGCAACCGGUGGAUCUGGUUCAACCUAGACCUAGUCCCCCGCUACCCCCGUUAGCUGUAAGAGCCACGACGACGGUGCACUUCCCUCCUUAUGCACCUCUCUACGGACCGACGGCGAGCUCGCUAGCGUAUUGCUCGCCGGCGCUCUAUCAACAUCAGCACCAUCAUCACAUUCCCGAACCGCGGGAGAUUCAGAUGCAGAUGCAAAUGCAGAAUAUUCAACAGACAUGCGGACUGCAGUUGCAGCAGCAGCAGCAGCAGCAGCAGCAACAGCAGCAGCAACAACGUUCACCGGUAGACCUUCUGCUGCGUGUAUUCCCUGGAAGACGUCGCGCCGAUGUCGAAGCGCUUCUUCAUCGUUGCAAAGGCGACGUGGUGUCUGCCAUGGAGGUGCUGGUCUGCGAGGACAAUCUGCAGCCCAAGUCGGCGUUUUCGCCGCUGGCGGGCGCCCUGGCAUCGGCCGCCGUGGCGUCCGCCGCGUCCGUCUCGGCGGCGGCUUACGCGAGCCGCGCUGCGUAUUGCACCACCCCGAUACCGUCGACGCGGCACCGGUUCCUGGCCGCGCCUUACACCGGUACCGGUUACCUGCCCACUGUCAUCAAACCGCCCAACCAGAGUCUGCAUGCCAAUGGUACUGGCGACGCCUAUCGGGAGACCAGUCCCGAUGAUGCCAGCGAUAAGACCAGUUACUCCGAGUGA